AGUCAUCAUCUUGAAUAGCCGGCCAUAAUAUAAUAAACGGAAAAAUUCUUACUUUCGGAAUAUGCAUUUUAUUUUGGCAACGGCACUUCUAGGGAAUCUCUACAUAAAAGUCUAAAACAAUGCAAUUUCCUUCUCUCUCUCUCUCUCUCUCAAUUCUUUACUGUAUACGUCUUUCUUGUUACAGCCCCCAAUGAGAAUUUCACUCUUUUCAUGGCUUUUCUUCAUACCCAGUUGCUCAAUAUUUCUCAGUUUCUGUAUCUUUGUGGUGUCUGACCAUUGUCUUGAGGAUCAGAAAUCCCUGUUGCUCCAAUUCAAGAACAGCCUCAACUUCACUACUACUUUGUCCACUAAACUGGUGCACUGGAAUGAAGCAAGUGAUUGCUGUUCUUGGGAAGGUGUAACCUGCAGCAAAGGACGCGUUAUUGGUCUCAAUCUGACCAAGGAAUCAAUCUAUGGUGAACUUGUCAAUUCAAGUACCCUUUUCAGUCUUCAGCAUCUCCAGGACCUGAGUUUGGCUUAUAACAACUUCAGCAAUUCUCGGAUUCCUGCAGGGUUUGGCAAUCUGAUGAAUUUGAGCUUUUUAAACAUGUCAAAUGCUGGCUUCUCGGGGCAGAUUCCCAUUGAGAUUUCGAACUUGAAAAGGUUGGUUACCCUUGAUUUGUCUACAUCUUCUUUGUUGAGUUUUUCCAUGCUGAAACUUGAGAACCCAAAUUUAGCUAAGCUAGUUCAGAACCUUUCGGAGAUUAAGGAACUUUAUCUUGACGGUGUAAAUAUAUCAGCGCCAGGGAAUGAGUGGUGUCAGGCGUUAUCAUCUUCACUACCAAAUCUAAGUGUGUUGAGCAUGUCAAAUUGUUCUCUUUCAGGACCUCUUCAUUCUUCCUUUCAGAAGCUUCAGUCUCUCUCAGUUAUUCUUCUCCAUAAUAACAAUUUUUCUGCUACUCCAGUUCCAGAAUUUUUUGCUAAUUUCAGAAAUUUGACGUCCUUGCGUCUUAGUUCUUGUGGAUUGAAUGGACAAUUUCCAGAAAAGAUUUUCCAGGUUCCAACACUGCAGACGCUUGACUUAUCAGAUAAUAAACAACUGAGUGGUACUGUGCAAGGAUUUCAUUCCAAUGGUUCUCUCAGGUCACUGGUGCUUAGCAGGACAAAUUUUUCAGGGACACUGCCAGAUUCUAUUGGUAACCUUAAAAUGUUGUCCAGAAUAGAUCUUUCAAAUUGUAGUUUCCUUGGAUCAAUCCCGAGCUCUAUGGCAAAUCUUGUUCAGUUGUUUUAUUUGGACAUGUCAUCAAACAGCUUCACAGGACCAAUUCCAUCACUCAACAUGGCCAAGAAGUUGACUCAGAUAAACAUUUCUCAUAAUAAUUUAACAGGUCAGAUUAAUUCCACUCAUUGGAAAGAUCUUACGAAAGUUGUUAAUCUUGACUUGCGUUUCAAUUCACUUAAUGGUAGUAUUCCAGUCUCUCUGUUUUCCCAUCCAUCAUUGCGGAAUCUACAGCUUUCCAACAACCAAUUUUCUGGUCUACUCAAUGAAUCUUCCAACAGUUCUUCUUCAGUACUGCAUACACUUGAUUUGAGUAGCAACAAAUUGAAAGGGCCAAUACCAAUGUCUGUCUUUGAACUUCAAGGUCUUAAGUUUCUCUCACUUUCUUCAAACAACUUUGAUGGCUCCAUGCAACUUAAUGAGAUUAAGCAGUUGACAAACCUUUCCAAUCUUGAUCUUUCGUACAACAACUUGUCGAUUGAAUAUAAUGGAACUAAUUCUUCAUCAUCCUCCUUUCCCCAAAUGGCCACAUUAAAAUUGGUUUCUUGCAAAUUGAAGACUUUUCCAGAUUUCUUGAAAAACCAAUCCAAAUUAACCAUUCUAGACCUUUCAAAUAACCACAUUAAGCAAGGAGUUCCCAACUGGAUUUGGAAACUUAGUAAUCUUCAUUACUUAAAUCUCUCUUAUAACUACCUGGUGAUGACCUUAGAAGGACCUUUGCUCAGUCUUUCUAGUUUGAGUGUCCUAGACCUUCACUCCAACCAGCUUGAGGGGAAACUCUCAGAUCUCCCACCAGUUGCCACAUACUUGGAUUUCUCAAUGAACAACUUCAAAUCUGCCAUACCAGCUAGCAUUGGUAAAUCCCUUAAUUUUACUUAUUUCUUCUCAGUUUCAAGCAAUAAGUUCCACGGGGAUAUCCCUCAAUCAUUAUGCAAUGCUACAAAUCUUCAAGUUCUUAAUUUGUCUAAUAAUACCCUGAAUGGAACGAUUCCCCCAUGCUUAAUUGAGAUGAGUAAGACUCUUGGGGUGUUGGAUGUGAGGAGAAACAAACUAAGUGGCAAUAUAUCUGAUACAUUUCCAUACCAUUGUGGUUUGCAAACACUAAAUCUCAAUGGAAACCGACUUGAAGGAGUGGUACCAAGGUCUCUGGUCAAUUGCACAAAUUUGGAGGUCUUUGACAUUGGGAACAAUGAGAUCAGCGAUGUCUUCCCAUGUCAUUUGAGAAGCAUAUCCAAGUUGCGUGUCCUUAUCUUGCGAUCUAACAAAUUUUAUGGGCCUAUUAAUAGUUGUAGAAGAUCAAGAUCAAAGUUCUUCUGGCCAAUUCUUCAAAUUGUAGACCUAGCUUCAAACGAAUUUACUGGUAAGCUUCCAAGAAAAUUCUUUUCUACUUGGAAGGCAAUGCUGGAUGAAGAAGACAAGGUCCAGUCAAUGCUCAAUUACCUCCAAUUUAGUUCCCAUAAUGGUCAGUUUUAUUAUCAAGAUAGGAUAACAGUUACCAGUAAAGGUCUAGACAUUGAGCUGGUGAAAAUUCUAACUAUUUUCACCGCGAUUGACAUUUCUGCCAACAAGCUUGAAGGGCCAAUACCAGAAACUAUUGGAGAACUCAAAUCACUAUAUGUUCUCAACUUGUCAAAUAAUGCUCUUACGGGAAAAAUCCCACUAUCUUUAGGAACUUUGUCUCGGCUGGAAUCAUUAGACUUGUCAAGCAACAAUAUCACAGGGGAGAUCCCUAUGCAACUUGUAGGUCUUACUUUCCUGGCAGCCCUAAACCUUUCAUUCAAUCAAUUGGUGGGGCCAAUUCCACAAGGCAAGCAAUUUGGUACGUUUUCAAAUUAUUCCUAUAUGCAUAACAAGGAGUUAUGUGGGUUCCCUUUGACGACACACUGCACAAGUGAUGAAGCUCCACCACCUUCAGCAACACCAAAAUCUAAAGGCACAAGUUCAACUACUUUGAUUGGAUUUGAUUGGCAGUUCAUACUGACCGGAUUGGGUUUUGGGGUUGGAGCAGCAGUUGUUGUUGCUCCCUUAACAUUUUGGGAAAAAGGAAGAAAAUGGCAUGACGAUUGCAUUAAUAAGAUUCUACUGGUGAUUUUUCCAAUGUUGGGAUUGUCUUACAGAGGCUGCUAUAAUACAAAGGUUGAGGAAGAUGAAGAUAUUGGAGAUGAGAACACAAAAGAUUGUGAAGACAAUGGUGAUGAAGAUGAGAUGGAAGGUGAAGCAUUUCGUGGGCGAUACUGUGUUUUUUGUUCUAAACUCGACAUCAGUAGAAAGAGGGUCAUCCAUGGCCCUCAAUGUACAUGCCAUAACUCACCCCCUAUUUCUGCUUCUUCCUCUACAUUCUUCAUAGUCACAUCAUCUUAGCAAAGUUUCUCUCUCUCUCUCUCUCUCUCUCUCCCUUAGUUUAUUUUAUUUUAAAUUUCUUCUUCUUCUUCUUCUUCUUCUUCUUCUUCUUCUUCUAGAUAGAUAUGGACUCAUCAACUUAAAUGGUAGGGAACAUCUUUUUCACAUAUUUAUGUGAAUUCAUGUUGAAAUUCAUUGUAAAUGUAAAAGGAAUGUAAAAGGAAGGAAUACUAUGUCACUUUCCUUUAGAAUACCUAAUAAUUACUUAUUGUCAAAACCUCACAUCCUCAAUACAUUUAGCAAUCAAUGCCACUAUCCAAUCUAUUCUUUUGGAA